AUGUUCUCUCGCCCUUCUACUCCACCCGACAAGUCCCCUUGGGAAGACGAGGACUUCCGAUUCGUGACGAACGGGACCGCUUGUGAAUGGGGUGAAGCAUACCAUCCAGGCGGCUAUCACCCAGUUCACCUCGGUGAUGUGAUACAAGAACGAUACCGCAUUAUUCGCAAAGUGGGAUGGGGUCAAUACUCCACGGUCUGGCUUGCAGUUGACAUGCAGUUGGCCCGCUAUGUAUCUCUCAAGAUCACUGUUGCAACACAACCUCAGACGACGAGCAGAGAGGUGUCUCUUUAUCAGUCUCGACUCCAAAAUGGUUCCUCAGGCCUUGUGGAUCUAUAUGACACAAUCAAGAUCACCGGCCCAAAUGGGGAACACGAAGGCCUCGUCUUUGAGCCCAUGGGUCCAGAUUUGACAACCCUUCUUAGGAUCAGACCGGAAUUCCAGAUUGGCAAUCCGUGGGAGAGAAGAUUUACCAAGUUUUUUACCAAAAAAGCGCUCUUCAAUACGAUACACGCACUUCAUAGUCUCCAUCAACGUGGUAUCAUCCACUGCGACCUGCAUACUGGUAACAUCCUCGCUUGCAUAGAGCCGAUUGAAGUCACCCCAAAUACCGAGCAAAGAUUGAAGCAAUCAGAAACUGAUUCACGGCCGCUCAAACGGAAAGAUGGAAAGCAGGACCUUUGGGCCCCGUUAUAUCUCCUUGAGCCUCGGCCUCUAAGUGACUAUUACUCACAUGCCCUCAACCCCCUUGUAAAACUUGCAGACUUGGGCGGUGCAUUCAGGGAAGAAAGCCCUCUAAAGGCGACUGAAGUCAUCACUCCAGUCGCUCUCCGUGCCCCAGAGAUUAUCCUAGGUGGACAUGUCGGCAAGGGCAUCGAUAUAUGGACAUUUGGCUGUCUAAUAUUCGAGAUGAUCAUUGGUCGACCUCUGUUCAUAGCGAUUCAGUCACUAGAGGGGCAAGACUACGAUGAGACUUCCAACGACGAGCAUCUCAUUCAGCUCUGGGAGGUCAUUGGACCACUACCCAAACCACUACUUGAGAAGUGGCGUCGAGCGGAUCAAUAUUUUGAUUCAAGCGGAAACAGGCUGGAGGUUAAGCCUGAAGAGGACGAAUAUGUAAGCGGCAGUGAAGACAUGGAGUCGGGCGAUGGGACAGACGAGGAAGACGAUGGUCCUCCGAUGGCAUAUCUUGGUCAUUUUCCUUCUCUCGAUGACCAACUUAUGGCAGAGAGGCCAGGUGAUAUUGGCGAUUCCGAAGCCAAGGAGAUAUUAGAGCUGUUGCGAUGGAUAUUCCAGUAUGACCCGGCACAUCGGCCUUCAACAAGUGACCUCACCAAUCAUCCUUGGCUUCGAUUAACUACAUAG